AGCACUUUCCGCUCCCAUUUCGAAACUCCUGAUCGGCCGACCGUUGCUUCCAACCAGCCCCGCCUCAGGCCCCCAACGGCUACCAAAUCGCCAUCGCCACUUUAGAGAGAGGGAGCGAGGGAGCUAGGAUGGCGUCCAGAGAUGCGGGCGCCAGCCCCAGAUCCGCGCCGCAUCGCCCUGGAGCGGUGGCGCCCAAGGACGGCGCCGACCUGCUCAGCCCGCGGUUCCGUUCAGCCGCCGCGCUGGCCGGGUGGGACGAGGAGUCCGUCCUUCUCGCCGCGAUGGUCGUCGAGGACACUCCCGUCCGCGAGUCCCGUCGCAAGAGGCGGGCCUCCACCUCCUCCGCCGGCGGCAGCGCCGGAUCCAGCACCAGGAAGAUGAGGCCGCGUAGGCAGUCUCCGGCCAAGAUCCCGCCGGUGGUUCUCGCGCUCGACGAUGACGACGACGACGACGCGGCAGUGAAUGCUGCCACCAAGGAGGAAGAGAAAGUUGUCGUUGUGGGCGACAAGGAGGCGUCCGGAUCUGGCGACAAGGCGGCGUCCGGAUCUGGCGACAAGGCGGUGGCCACGGGAAACCUGCCGUGCAUGGAUCGCCUCCGGGAGGAGCUCUCUUGCGCUAUUUGCCUGGAGAUCUGCUUUGAGCCGACCACCACGUCUUGUGGGCACAGCUUCUGCAUGAAAUGCUUAAUACAUGCUGCAUCCAAGUGUGGAAAACGGUGUCCAAAAUGCAGGCAAUUCAUCAGCAACUCAAGAUCGUGCACCAUCAACACAGUGCUCUGGAACACCAUUCAGCUGUUGUUUCCCGGUGAAGUUGAGGCAAGAAAGAAUUCGACCUCACCAUGCGAUAAGGACGCGAGCCGCAGCCCACUCAGAGCUAAUAGGCUAUCACAAGGUGGCAAUGGUAUGAGAACUAGAACUAGGAGCAGGAGCAGCAGCACCGAAGCUAGAACAAGAAGCAGCUACAGGAGCUUCAUGGAACCCGGCAGUACAACAAGCACCAACACUGGUGCGAACUUCAUCAGCGCACAAGUCAACACAAGAAGCAGGAGGGGCUUCGUCCAGGCCUCGCAGCUGCUGUUGCCUAGGAGGAGCGCAGUAAGGUUGGACCAAUCCGAAGAUGCUGCGUUGGCUUACAGGUUGCAACAGGAGGAGUUCAUGAAUGCCUUUGAGGAGCCUGAGCAGGAGAGGCAGCAGCCACGGAACGCCGUGUCCACAGCACGAGACACUCUGAGAGCCAUCGCCUCCCGAGCCGUCCGCCUCCGUGCUCGAGGCUGGCAUGUUUAAUAUUAUUCUUUCGUCAACUACUUUACACAAACCUCUUGUUUGUUAUUCUACUGUGUAAUUUUUUUUUAAGUAGGCUGACCCAAAUUUGGAUGGCCAUAAUCAUAAUCCUUUGGCGCAUGGAACAUUUGCUGUUGUACACAGUACUGUUCAACACAUAGCCAUUUGUCCGAUUUUUUUGUAUUUUUGUCCUUUUUCUGGAAAAAAAUUAACGUUUAGACC